UGGGCCGGAGACUCCUCCUGUCGCUACGUGGCAGAAUCUGCCAUAUUGACCGCGUCAGCUGUGCGUACGGAGCUGGUAACUGCAGUGCCUGAGGCCGGAGGCUGUGACAGGCCUUCUUGUGAUUUAAGACUGUGAAGUCACCAUGGCAACUUUUAUGGAGUUCAUCCAGCAGAAUGAAGAUCGGGAUGGAAUUCGGUUGAGCUGGAAUGUUUGGCCAUCAAGUCGUUUGGAGGCAACCCGAAUGGUUGUUCCUCUGGGUACCUUGUUUACACCAUUAAAAGAGCGACCUGACUUGCCUCCAAUUCAGUAUGAACCUGUGCUUUGCAGUAGAGCAACCUGCCGUGCAGUCUUAAACCCAUUAUGCCAAGUAGAUUACAAAGCAAAGCUGUGGGCUUGUAAUUUCUGCUAUCAGAGAAAUCAGUUUCCUCCUUCCUAUUCUGGGAUAUCUGAGAUGAACCAACCCGCAGAACUUUUACCACAGUUUUCUACAAUUGAGUAUGUAGUCCAGCGAGGCCCUCAAAUGCCUUUAAUCUUCCUUUAUGUUGUGGAUACUUGCAUGGAGGAUGAAGAUCUGCAGGCCUUAAAAGAAUCUAUGCAAAUGUCCUUGAGCCUUUUGCCACCCACAGCUUUGGUUGGUCUCAUUACAUUUGGCAGAAUGGUGCAGGUUCAUGAGCUUGGUUGUGAGGGUAUUUCCAAGAGCUAUGUCUUCAGAGGCACAAAAGACCUAACAGCAAAACAACUUCAGGACAUGUUGGGCUUAAGUAAACCAUUAGCCACCCAGGCAAGUCGUGGGCCUCAAGUUCAGCAACCACCGCCAUCCAAUAGAUUUUUGCAACCAGUUCAAAAAAUUGACAUGAACUUGACUGAUCUUCUGGGAGAAUUGCAACGUGACCCUUGGCCUGUGCCGCAGGGGAAAAGACCACUGAGAUCUACUGGAGUUGCUCUAUCCAUUGCUGUUGGUCUGUUAGAGUGCACUUUCCCCAAUACUGGAGGUCGUGUGAUGUUGUUCAUUGGGGGCCCAGCCACACAAGGACCAGGAAUGGUUGUGGGUGAUGAUCUAAAAACACCUAUCAGGUCUUGGCAUGAUAUUGAGAAAGACAACAUUAAAUAUAUGAAGAAAGCCAUGAAGCACUAUGAAGCCUUGUCAAAUCGAGCAGCAGCAAAUGGCCAUGUUAUUGAUAUCUACGCUUGUGCAUUGGAUCAGACUGGUCUCAAUGAAAUGAAAUGCUGCCCAAAUCAUACAGGGGGUUACAUGGUGAUGGGAGACUCCUUCAACACAUCCCUGUUUAAGCAAACUUUUCAGCGAGUGUUUACAAAGGAUAUCCAGGGACAAUUUAAAAUGGCUUUUGGAGGAACACUAGAAAUUAAGACAUCAAGGGAAAUCAAGAUUUCUGGAGCCAUUGGACCCUGUAUAUCACUUUGUGCUAAAGGACCUUGUGUGUCAGAAAAUGAAAUUGGAACAGGUGGGACAUGCCAGUGGAAGAUCUGUGGUCUGGACCACAAUACAACUCUUGGUAUAUACUUUGAAGUUGUGAAUCAGCACAAUGCUCCAAUUCCUCAGGGUGGUCGUGGUGCAAUUCAGUUUGUAACACAGUAUCAGCAUUCCAGUGGACAAAGGCGAAUCAGAGUUGCAACAAUUGCCAGAAACUGGGCAGAUGCACAAACACAGAUCCAGAAUAUUGCUGCAUCCUUUGACCAGGAAGCUGCAGCUGUUCUCAUGGCAAGAUUGGCAGUUUACAGAGCAGAGACUGAGGAGGGACCUGAUGUUCUCAGAUGGCUAGACAGACAGCUUAUACGACUGUGUCAGAAAUUUGGAGAUUAUCACAAAGAUGAUCCAGCCUCUUUCAAAUUUUCUGAAACAUUUUCUUUGUACCCACAGUUUAUGUUUCAUCUGAGAAGAUCUCCAUUCUUACAAGUUUUUAAUAACAGCCCUGAUGAGAGUUCUUACUACCGUCACCAUUUCAUGCGUCAGGAUCUUACGCAGUCCCUCAUCAUGAUUCAACCCAUCCUGUAUGCCUAUUCUUUCAAUGGCCCUCCAGAGCCUGUUCUUCUAGACAGCAGCAGUAUUCUCCCUGAUAGAAUUCUUCUUAUGGACACCUUCUUUCAAAUACUUAUCUACCAUGGAGAGACUAUUGCUCAGUGGCGUAAAGCUGGCUAUCAUGAUAUGCCUGAGUAUGAAAAUUUCCGCCAUUUACUACAAGCACCUGUAGAUGAUGCGCAAGAGAUUCUGCAUAGCAGAUUCCCAAUGCCACGCUAUGUUGACACAGAGCAUGGGGGAAGCCAGGCUCGUUUCUUGUUGUCCAAAGUAAAUCCUUCACAGACCCAUAACAACAUGUAUGCAUGGGGACAGGAGGCUGGAGCACCAAUCCUGACAGAUGAUGUCAGUUUGCAAGUAUUCAUGGAUCAUCUGAAGAAGCUAGCAGUCUCAAGUGCCACCUGAGUGUAGAAUGGUGAUGAAGUAAUAUGUAGCACCUGCACUGAGCAGGACAAAGAGAGCUGGCAAUCUAUUCCAGCACAUUAUACAAAACAUCUGCGUCUGUGCUACUUGCCUUUUAAACAGAACAGAUUCACACUACGUUGGUAAUACACCAAAGGAGGACUUUAUAAAUUGCUUGUCUUCGUUAGAUAAAAUUAUUGCUUCUGUCCUAUAGAGUCUGAAGGCAUGUUCUUAAAAUUAGUGCUUCCAUAUACAUUACAGUGCAAAUCACUGAUCUAAAGUCUCCAAAUUCUGCCUUGAUGAACAAAUAGCCGCAUCAGUAUUGUUAUUUUUAAUGUGCCUCAUGAACUCCUGUUUCUUGUUUUCGUCUCUGAUUGAUAACAUAGUGGAACCUCAUGUAGAACUCUUAUCAGCAAUCAAAUAAAAUUUGUGAAUUUUGUGAAGAGUGCUGACCUGUGGAGAAAUAUUUAGACUUUACUAAAUUGCUGCAUUUUUGUCAUUAAAUACAAUUUCCCCCAAUUUCCGUAAUUUUUUUUGUUUUGGCUGGAGUUUGAAACAGCUCUACAGUACAUCAAAUAAAACAUAAUGACUUAAAA